AUGAAAGGCUUAUUACUGUUACUCUGCUUAACAGUUUCAUUAGCAUAUGAAGACGAUGUUUUUGUCGAUAAUGUCGAUUUUGAUGAUGUGUUCGAUGAAGACUUUGAAUAUGAUGAAGACUAUGAUGAAAACUUAGAAGAUAUUGACGAAUUAGAAGAUGAUUAUGGAGAUGAUGAAGAGGCAAGAAGAAUUAGAGUUUCAUCACGUAGCUCAUCAAGAAGUUCUUCACGUAGCUCAUCAAGAAGUUCUUCUAGACGUACUAGAGUUGGUGUUUCUAGAACAUUUAAAAAGGAUAGUAGACGUACUAAAACACAAAAAAGAUAUAAUAAAGAAACAAGAAAAGCCUACAAAGAGAAAAGAAAGGUAUUAAAACAACAAAGAAAAGCUCAAAAAGAAAAGAGAAAAUUAGAAAAAGAGAAUAGAAAAGCAAUAAAAGAACAAAAGAAAGCUAGUCGCCUUGCUAAAAAAGAAGAACGUAAAAUAAGGAAAGAAGAGAGAAAAAUUAAAAAAGAAAAUAGAAAAGCAAUAAAAGAAGCUAAAAAAUCACGAAAAGUAGCUAAAAAAGAAGAAAGAAAAACAGAAAAAGAAAAGAGAAAGUUAGAAAAAGAAAAGCAAAAGAAUAGUAUUGAUAAAACUAAAUUAAAAGCUCAAAAGAAAAAGGCUGAAAGAAAACUUAUUUCUGAACUUAAAAAGUUAUCUAAAGUUACCAAAAACGCUCCAAAGAAAGUUCUUAAAGAGUUAGCUAAAAUUAAAGAUAAAAAAUUCAUUAAGAAAAAUAAAAAGCUUAUCCAAAGUAUUAUCUUUAAAUCUGGUGCUAAGAUGGCAACUAAGAUGGCAGCCCUUGCUAAGAAAGGAAAGGAUAUAUCAAAAGUUUGGAAAAAGAAAUGGGCAUCAUUUAUGGAUAAGAAAUUGCUGAAAUACCUUUCUAAAAUUAAACUUCCUAAAAAGAGAAGAGAGUUUUAUAAACUUAUGAAGAGAAGAUAUUGGAAAGAGUGUUGCAAUUGUUCAUGUUGUAAACACACAAACCCUCCUCAUACCCACUAUUACAGUCAUUGUAAGAAAUGUCAACAUGGACAUAUAAAGCCUGGGUUAUCUACUGGUUCUUCUUCUGGUUCUUCAUCAACUUCCUCCAUUGGAACUUCUAUAAGCACAAGCAUUACUGGAUUAGGAAGUACUGGAAGUGUUGGUACUAGUGGCUCUGUUGGUACUAGUGGCUCUGUUGGUACUAGUGGCUCUGUUGGUACUAGUACUUCUAGUGUUAAUGUCAAUCCUGUCUUCAAUAAUAUUGGUGGCUAUAGUGUUCCAUAUACACAAGUUACUCCUACUGUCCCAGUCACUCCUACUGUUAAUCCAGUCACACCUUCUGAACCCGUUACUCCUACUGUUAACCCAGUCACACCAGUUACUCCUUCUUAUUAUCCACAACAACAGCAACAACAACAAACUUUUUCACCACAAAUUAUUCAAACCGCUCCAGCUACCCAAGCACCAAUUAUCAUCCAAGGUUAUUCUGGUAGUGCUGCAGCAAGUUCUGCUUCUAGUGCAGCCUCAAGUGUAAGUAGCAUACCAUCAAUCACUAUGCCAUCUAUUAAUAUUAACAACGUUAAUAAUAACAGAAAUGGUGGAUCAGAUUUAGGAGUAGACUCAGAUUCAGAUUCAUCAAAACCAUCUUCUUCUACAGUAGUAGAUCAAUCUGGACAACCUGUUGUUACACCAACAGAAGACUAUGCUUCUCCAAAAACUGGAGUUUCAGAGACAGCUAUUGCUGAGGCUAAUGUAGUUGCAAAAGCAGCUGCUGAAGGACAAUCUAUUGAAGAUAUUACUGAAGCUCAAAACCAAGCCAGUAUUGAGUCCAAUUUUGGAAUUCAUGCACAAGCCACAGCUACUUCUUCUGGAUUUGCUGAAGUACAAACCGAAAAUAAUAAUGAAGAAGAAAAUACAAGUGAAACCAUUACAGAAACCAAUAAUUAAAAAACUUUUUU